GUUUCAGACCCUCUGUGCCUGUAAAAGCUGUUGAAAAUCUUAAGCCAUAUUUUGCGGGAAUGUUCCUUCUCUAGAGAUAUAGCAAGAGUAUGGCAAAAGCCUCCCUCAAAAUUGUCAUAAAAACCGAAAAAUAAAAUGGGUGUGAGCAUAAAGAUUCGUGGUUGACUGUCGUGGGUGAAGCAAUUGCUUGCUAGCUGGGUUUGUUGAUCUUUCAGCAAUUACCAUCUGUAUAAUUCGAAAGAAAUUCUUUAGAGAUUAAUUGUACAUGCACAGAAGAAAGGCUGGAUUUUGGUGGCAGGGAAAACACGUUUAGAGAGAAAGCAAAUCAAAGCGGCUCAGUACUUCGGCAAGGACAAAAAGCAGGUACCCAGUAGUAGGUGGAGCAAAGUUGUGGGUGGUAUCUGCUUGAUGAAAGCCGUGUUCGAACAUCCCAAAGCUUUCUAUGGAAGCGACGGUAGGGAAAGCAUGGGCUCGUCUUAUGUUGUAUAUUGCGCGUACGAUCAACCGAGGGUUUGCUCUGAUCGACCCGAUCCAUCCCUCUCGUUGAGUCAUUGUGCGUUGCUGUAUGUGGAUGUCAGCUUGGGCUCCAAAUGCUUAUCGACACAUAGGAUUUCAUGGUUGCCACCAUUGGGAUUGACAGCAGGUGCUUUGGAGGAAUCCGUGCCUGAGAAAAGCACCCUUUGUUUGAACACUAUUGUUGCUUUGAGUAGCAUAUUUUCACCACGUUGUUGGACUCUUUAUGGCACAAUCAGUUAAUUGGUAGGACAGUGAAUCUGGUGUGGAAGCUGGUUCAAGUUUGGUGCUCAUGAUGGCAUUCUAUUGGCCGAAAUAUAAAUAGGUUGUUAUAGUGAUUCAGUUGGCUUUUUAUUUGGUGGAGAAAUGGAUGAAUUCAGAGAUGUUGAGAUGUUACUUCCCAUUUGGAACAACAAGAAUCCAACGGAUCGGCUAUUCAUUAUAUCUUUUUUUAUUGCUGCCCUAGUUGGAAUUUUGACAAUUGCCUAUACGGCCUUUCAGUGGAGGAGAAACAUCAAUCUAAGUUGGAUGAAAGCCAUAGCCAGGUCAAAGAAAAAUCCAAAGGCAAGGCACAAAGUGCCUGUAACUCCUCAUGCUUGGAUUCUAGAAUCUGUAUCUCGUGGAAAAAAUUUAAGUUGUUGUGUCUGCUUGAAGUCCACAUACCCUUCUCAAACUCUGGGGCCUAUGGCAACUUCAGACAGUUUUAUUCACCGUUGUGACAUUUGUGGUGUGGCAGCACAUUUAAGCUGCUCCUCCAGCGCACCUAAGGAUUGUAAAUGUGUAUCUAUGAUUGGAUAUGAGCGUGUGAUGCACCAGUGGGCUGUUCGUUGGGCAGAGAUUACAGAUCAGCCUGAUGGAGCUGCUUUUUGUAGCUACUGUGAGGAACCAUGUAGUGGGUCUUUCCUUGGUGGAUCCCCUAUAUGGUGUUGCAUGUGGUGUCAAAGACUGGUACAUGUAGAUUGCCACAGUAAUAUGUCGUCUAAUGAAAAUGGUGAUGUAUGCGAUUUAGGGCCAUUCAGAAGGUUGAUUCUAUCACCACUCUAUGUUAAGAAGUUAAACCUGACAUCUGCAGGUGGCUUUUUAAGCUCGCUUACUCAUGGAGCCAAUGAGAUAGCAUCUUCAGUGCGUGCAACUAUACGGAGUCAGAGCAAGAAGUACAAGCAUGGAAAUGAAUCCUCUGUUGAAACUGGAAAUAGUGGUAGUACUGGGGACAUUUCCACAGAAAGCACUGCCGAUACUCAUCAAACAAAUGAUGGUUCUCAUGCAAUGGAUGAAAAUGGUAAUGUUAGUACGAAUAUGGAGGUUCAACACCAAAAUGGUCAUGUAGAUAAUAAACUGGAUUCAAAGCCCAGUUACAAAAGAAGUUCUUCAAUCAAUCAGAAGGAUGAGUCUCAGGUAUUAAGGAUGAAACAGAGGUAUGAGUUGAUUGAUUUGCCUCCAGAUGCAAGGCCGUUGUUAGUUUUCAUCAACAAGAAGAGUGGGGCUCAGCAUGGGGAUUCACUUGCACGACGAUUAAAUAUGCUUUUGAAUCCUGUUCAGGUUUUUGAGUUGAGCUCAACAGAGGGUCCAGAGGUGGGUCUUUAUUUAUUUAGAAAGGUGCCUCACUUUAGAGUUCUUAUAUGCGGGGGAGACGGUACUGUUGGUUGGGUGUUGAAUACCAUAGACAAGCAAAAUUUUGUUUCUCCUCCUCCGGUUGCGAUUCUUCCUGCUGGGACUGGAAAUGAUCUGGCCAGGGUCCUUUCUUGGGGAGGUGGUUUGGGCUCAGUGGAGAGGCAAGGAGGCCUUUGUACAGUGUUAAACCACAUAGAACACGCUGCAGUAACUAUUCUAGACCGUUGGAAGGUAGCAAUUUUAAAUAAAGAAGGAAAGCAGCUCUCACCAAAAUUUAUGAACAACUAUCUUGGUGUUGGGUGUGACGCGAAGGUUGCUCUGGACAUUCAUAAUCUGCGGGAGGAAAAUCCAGAGAAGUUCUAUAACCAAUUUAUGAAUAAAGUUCUUUAUGCAAGAGAGGGCGCUAAGAGUAUAAUGGAUAGGACAUUUGCUGAUUUUCCUUUUGAAGUUCGUGUUGAGGUGGAUGGGGUUGAGGUUGAAGUUCCUGAGGAUGCAGAAGGUGUACUUGUUGCCAACAUUGGGAGCUACAUGGGUGGUGUAGAUCUAUGGCAAAAUGAGGAUGAAAGUUAUGAUAAUUUUGAUCCACAAUCUAUGCAUGAUAAGAUACUUGAGGUUGUGAGCAUAUCGGGGACAUGGCACCUGGGGAAGCUUCAGGUUGGGCUUUCUCGUGCUCGAAGACUUGCACAAGGGCAAACAAUUAAGAUACAGCUCUUAGCUGGAUUACCCGUUCAAAUUGAUGGGGAGCCUUGGUUUCAGUAUCCUUGUACAUUGGUAAUAUCUCAUCAUGGCCAGGCCUUCAUGUUGAAGAGGGUGGCUGAGGAACCUCUUGGUCAUGCGGCUGCCAUUAUCACUGAUGUGCUCGAGAAUGCUGAGACAAAUCACAUAAUUAAUGCCUCGCAGAAGCGAGCUCUCCUACAAGAAAUGGCGCUGAGGCUGUCCUAGAGUUUUUUUCUUACUAGGUCCCCCGGUAAGUAAUUAGGGUUUUGAUUUGAGUGCUUAUUGUUAAUUAAGGUGUGUUGCAUGUUUUGUGUAACCGCUUAUAUCUGUUUUGCCGAUGCGAUAGCUUGUGGUUAAGAAAUUGCUACUUCUACAUGAGGCAUGCUGUAAAUGAACCUUUGUUUAGCAUCAAUAGAAGAAGCCCUUAUAAUUCUCUCCUCAAAA